AUGGCCCGGAUUGCGGCCGAUCCCAGCCCGAUUGAAAGCCGGCUCCACAACUUGAGGAAUUUUUGGGAGAUCAACGCGGAAAAGGAACGGGAGGAAGCGGUAGGUGGAUUGGUUGAUUUUUUCAAAAUUUUCGAGAAUUUACGCUCAGUUUCUCUUCAAAUUUUGGCAAAGCUCAUCAACGCAGCCAGAUAAAAAUUUCUGAAAUUAUUAAAUUGCGCUUUUUGGCAGUUGAGAUGCCAGUUUUUGACGAUCUUUUCUGCGAAGAGCUUACAGGAAAUGCGGUGCAAAAAAUCUAAUAAUUUCUACCGUAGAGGGUAAUGUUCCCACAAAUAAUCAACUUUUUCCGCAAGAGGCUGGCAAAGAUAUGGUCUAAAAGUGUUUUUCUCUAUAGUUGAGGACCAACGCGGCCCCCAGGCGCCGGGCCAGGGUUAGCCCUGGGUACCGCGAGCUCUUGCUGCGCCGAGUUCGAGGCAGGGACCGCUGAUCGCCUGGAUCGUCCACUCAGGCCUUUUUGGGCCGGCUUGGACAUCCUCAGUUUUAUUUCUGUGCGAGGAGUGACCCUGAGGUCCUAAUAAAUUCCCUUAUUUACCCUUCUAAGGAUUUACAAUUAACAGGGUACCCCAAGUGCGACACUCAGAUUUUGAUGAAACUUGGCACAAAUUUAGAAUAUUUUUUUCUAAAAAAUAUGCGGGAAUCCUAGCUCGCGCUUUGCAGAAACAACCGAGAUUUUUUGGUCGAAAGUUGGCGAAAUUUUAACGCUUUUUGUUGAAUUUCGGCACGAAAAGUUUCAUGCCUCUUUCUGCCAUAGAGAGUAAUGUUUCCACAAAAAAUCAUUUUUUUCCGCCCGUGUGUGUUUUUCCCUCUGACCGCUCUCCAUGUUUAGCGUACUCUCUCGGCGGCAAAGAUCGUUCAAUAUCUCGACGACGCUUGCAAAGCGCGAGCUAAAACUUUCAGGAAUUGGUAUUUAAUCCAUGCCCGACGUGUGUGCAAAAUUUAAAGAAAAUCUGAGCGUCGCACUUGGGGUACUUCCCUUGUAAAUACAAAAUGCGGAGCGGCUAGUGACCCGGGGAUCUUCAAAUUGAAAUUAUACAAAAUGACUUACAAAUUGAAAUUAUAUAAAAUGACUUACCUGUAUUGACACUUUUUGUCUCACCCUCUCUCUCUCUCUCUCUCUCUCUCUUGUGGGGCGGCUGGAUUGGCUGGCGACGUCGUGGGCACUUGGAGCAGUAGCUUUCACACAUGUGGAAGACACAAAAUGGAUUUUGCGCCGGUCCGGUCCUCGAAUGCCCGUUUCCCAGCCCGUUUGUAUUGGCCUUGUUUCUCAUUCUUACGCCCCCUUUCCGGCUUCGAUCCGGCCAGGUUUCUUUUCCCCCACCUUCUUGGCCGAGAUUGAGCCCGAUAAGGCGUCUCAUGGCCGAUCGCGGCCGCAUUCCUUUAGGUUCGAGCGCUCUUUGUUCUUUUCGAUCACGCCAUAGCGCGGGCUUUUUAUCCAUUUGCUUUUUAUCCUUUUCCCUGAACUCUACGACCGCAUUUUGCAUGCUUCUUCGGUCGCAAAAGUUGCUUGGUAUCUUGGCUGCACCUGAAAACCGCGAGCUAAAAUUUUCACAAAUUGAUGUACGUUCAAUGCCUAAAGUGUGCGCAAAAUUUAAACAAAAUCUGAGCGUCGCAAUUGGGGCACUUUGUUUGUUAGUUUUUUAAUUUUUGAGUCAUCUGCAGACAAGACCUGUUAAUCGUAUCCGGCAUCAUAAUAAAGCGUUUAAAAUUGGUGUGAUGACCAGAAAACCGACCGAAAGUCUCCGCCGAAUACACUACUUUCUGCGGUGGCAGAGAAAACCAUUCUUUUGGGUGUAAAAACCCGCCCAUCUUCUUCUUUAUCCUGCAAAAAGAAUUUUUUGAAUACCUUGACUGAGCGAUGAAAAAACGACAAAAAUUUUCCGGCACAUCUCGGUAACUCUGUAAUUCUUCAAUUUACAUAUAAAAAAAUGAAAUGUUUCAUACAUAUUUUACACUUCUUGUAGACUCUCUACAUACUUUAAAAUUUUCAAUUUUUCUAACAGGGGAAGUACUCCAAGUGCGACGCUCAGAUUUUCUUUAAAUUUUGCACACACGUCGGGUAUGGACUAAAUAUCAAUUCCUGAAAGUUUUAGCUCGCGCUUUGCGGGCGCCGCCGAGAUAUCGAACGAUUUUUGUCGCCGAGAGAGCACGCUGAAUGUGGAGAGCGGUCAGAGAGAAAACCGCUUUUGGGCCAUAACUUUGGCAGUUUCGUGCGGAAAAUUUUGAUUUUUUGUUGAAACAUUAUCCUUUACGGUUGAAAUAGGCAUGAAACUUUUCGUGCCGAAAUUCGGCAAAAAGUCCUAAAUCUUCGCCGACUUUCGGUAUAAAAAUCGCGGUGGUUUCUGCAAAGCGCGAGCCAGGAUUCUCGCAUGUAUCUUAGAAAAAAUUGUUCAAAAUUUGUGCCAAGUUUCAUCAAAAUCUGAGCGUCGCACUUGGAGCACUUCCCCUGUAAAUUCAAGUUUUAGGAGAGAGCCGCACAACUUCAUCGAAUCCACAGGCCCUUUUCCUUUCCUCGAUGGCGCUCGUCCGACCCAAUGUCAGCGUCGUUGGUGGCGUCCGUUAAAACUCCAGAAGUCAUUCCGCCAGACAGCAGGAUUCCCCAGCAACGACUCAACAUGCUGAUGGAAGCAGAAAAAGAAGCGCAGGAAAUUCGGGUAAGUCAUUUAAACUACUCAGCAUUCAUCGUAUUUUACAAACAAUUUUUUUACAAUUUCAAUAUAAUUCCUUCAUUUUCAAUUCAAAAGUUUACAUUUUUAGCAAGUAAUUCGGCAGGAUGCGGACCGUUGGAAGAUUCGGCGACGAUCCAUUGGCCCAUCCGAAGUCCAUUUGGACCCAGUCCCGCAGAAUCCUUGGUAUCAGCCGCCGGAAAGUCGUAUAGAACGACAAUCAAUUGCGAACUCACAAAACACAAGGAUGUACUUUGAAAAUGGAGCACCUCAAGAGGUGAAAAGUGAGUUCAUAUCAAAGUUUUUUAGUGGUGGAAAAUUUUGAAUCAGGUAAAACCAAAUUUGAUAUAUUAUAUUUAUAUUAGGCUUGGAAGUAUGACCGUUUUUUGCUGUGCAUUUUUACGGGUAGAAUUAAAGUCUUGGAACAGCGGUUAAUAUCACCUGAAAGAACGUUGAAGACGCUAUCUAUUGAUAUAUGCUUCGUGUGGCCAAGCUUAUCAUAGCGGUUUCUAUAAAGCUUCAAAUAUGACAACUUCGUCAUAGAAAUGAUUGGCAUAAACCUAGGGCGUUCUUUUAUACAUACAUAAAGAUUUUUCUUUUAUACGUAAAGAUUAUUGCCCAUGCUUUCAAAAGCCGCUGAAAUCUUUUGACAAAAAAUCUUUGAAGUUUUGUCAAAAGAUGGGCGCUCUUUUGUGGCUUACUUACGGAAAAUUAAGCUCUUUUAAGCAGAAGAAAAAAUCCAUGGACCAAAUUCGUCUUUUGUCCAGCUGGCUCUCUUAAUUUAGCGUGAUCUCGCGCAGAGAAGAAACCUUUAUAAUAACAAUUUGUGACCUUUUUUUAGGCUCCUACUUUCAAACACCUUUCUGAUCAUUUUUUCAUUUUCUGCAGCCUCUCUAAAAAUGAACGUCUAACGGUCGACUCAGGCUGCAGAAUGCGCUACAACCUUGAAGCAAAGAGUGUUUAAAAAUGAAUACGCAAAAUUUUCGUUGCAGAGGCUUCUUAGGACCCCCUUGAAAAACGCAACUUUCCUUUUGAAUUUUCAUUUUUUUGCACACUGAUUUCAGGGCCAAACUCAGCGUAUUUCAACGAAAUCUCGGUGAAUGUCAACAAUCAGCCGGAUGCCAGGACAAGGCAAAUUGUAGAGUUCUUACAGAACAAUUCAAGGAUCUUGCAAGGUAAAUGGCGUGUAAUCUCAAGCCAUUUCUCUCCUUUUUCGGAAAAAAACAGUUCUUUUUCAUCUUUGAAAUCUUGGGGUAAAAUGCGGAAUAGAAAACGUAAAGAGUCAUUUCCAGAGCUCGGAGUAAAAAUUCCCCCGCAUCUUCUGCAUCAUCAAGUCCAAUAUCAUCCCCAAAAUCAGCAAAUAAAUUAUCAGAACGGAGUUGAACAUGAAUAUCAGACCAGAAGAGAUCGACCAAUGUCAUUUUUGGAGCGAGAAGUCUUCGAGGCUCAGCAGAGAGAGGCAGAAUUCGCUCAAACUCGACAACAACUCGGAAUAAUGAACUUGCAGGACACCAUUCAACUGUGGAAGAGUGGGCAAACUUGGGAUGGAAUCAGUCGGCCCAACAGUUCAAGCGGAUUCAAUGUGAGUUGAGGAGAGGGGUUAGUAAAAUUUUGGGGAGUAAAUAUAGAAGCAAGAGGUCGAUUUUGGAAACGUGAAAAAAUAAUUUUAGGAGCCAAACUCUUUCGAAGAAUACAGCGACUCGAAUGCUCAACAAUUGUAA